AUGACGAUGCAUGAUGGAAUUGGCGUAGAAGAUACAAACCUUCAAAGUUCCAUCCAUCUCUUACGUCGACGAAAUAGAAAGCUCAACGUUCAAUGUUCAACGGUCGGAUGGGCAGACGCCUGCUUGCAAGACCAUUGGCCAAGAUAUCCUAUUCAAGGCCCAGCUCUCAGCGCUCUCGCCGUCUGUUCCGUCAAGGCGCUUGGGGAGAAUGAUGCGAAUGGAAGGUUGGCAUUGGUACCUAUCGAAUCAUGCCUCUAUAUGCUACAUGGAUAA